AUGAAACCAGGUCCACUCGAUAUGGGCUAUGCCCGACCUCUCGAGUUCACCCUCUCAGUCGUCGUGAGGACCAAUCCUAGCCCGCUCGACUUUCAGUUUGCUGCUGAUACCCUCGUCUUACAAUGGCCUGUACUGAACUUGCGAAUGGAUCCGUUGAAAACCAAAUUCUUGGAUCCAAAAGACCCCGGUGACCUGACCGAGGUAUGGGAGGGGAAAACACUUAAACAAGAACUCAGCGACAUUGUCGCAGUUUCUUCCGAGCCGGACUCCCCACAACUGAUUGACUCUGCGGCACUCGACAAGGCGUUGGAUUUCGGGUAUGGGUUGGUACACGCAUGGAGGCAGCGAGUAUUCUCCAUUCGAACUGUAUUCUUGACCGAUGCCUGCAUAAUCGGGUUCAGGUUUCUGCAGUCCCUCUGCGAUGCAAAUGGCGCCCAUCAAAUAGUCCAGGCUUAUUGCACCCUCCUCAGGGGGGAGAAUAUUACCCACACUAUCCAUACCCGACCACCCCUGUCCCUGAAAUCAGAAGUACUCGAAAAAUGCGCCGAGAAGGUUGAGUCCCAUCAGAUCGCAGAUCUGCACGAACAUUCUACGUGUCGCACUUGGGUAGCCGGAAUCGGGGCACUCGGGAAGCAGAUCGGACGGAAUAUAUGCUAUCCUUCAGCGAGACGGAUCAGCAAGACCUUGCUGAUCCCCCGGAGGCAAAUUCAGAGCUGGUUAGAAGAGGCCGAGAGUGACAAGGCCAAGGUAACUGAGCAUGAUCUCGUGGCAGCUUUUAUCUACAAGGCUUCUUUACAUCCACCGACUGCCCACAGCUUCGGCCUAGCCAUCGAUAUCUCAAAACAGGUCCAGUCCAAAGCAACCCUCUACAACCCCUGGUACAUGAUGCCCGUACCGGACCCAAUACCAACAAGCGAAUAUAACUCCCCUUCAUUGAUUCGACUCGCAACACACAUCCGGCGCGCGGUUCACGAGGGCCAGCAGCCAGAAUGCAUUGGAGAGAUUGUUGAUCAGCACAAGAGCCUGAAGAAUAACCCCAUGAUACCGAAAUCGUAUGGUGGCCGAGCGGCUCAACCGCGCAUCGCUUCUUGGAAAAACCUGCCGCUUUAUGAUCUCGAUAUCCAAGGUGAAAGGCCGCUCUUUGUACAGGGCAGUGUUGACUACUGUGGACUUUUGCGUGAGACUAAAACUCACUUGGAUGAUUUGUUGGUGACGUGGAAAGCGCGGGGUUGGGGUGGGGAGGAUGGGGGUUAUUGGGUUCAUGGGAGAUUGCCUGAGGCUGUUUGGAGGCGUAUGAUGGAUGACUUGAACUGCUGA